CUGUUCCCCUGUCCCUUCUCGGAAGACGCCUCUUUUCAUUGUUUUCUUCUACGGAGAAGGACAACACGAAGAGCAYAUGGUCGCAAAUGGAAGAAGGUUCACUAUUGAAARCUGCUUUGGAGCAUGCGAAGACAUUGCACAAUAGCUCCGCUUGCGAAUCUUUGCUGAAGAAUUGCAUUCACUUAGAUUUGUACACGCUGGGAGAUCGCAGCAGACAAGUCGAGGAUCAUUUGCUUGACCUCGCAGAACUCGCAGAAAAUUGCAACCGCUUCUUUCAAAAGAAGAAUCAUCUCUGGCACUACGGAGCAGACGGGCCAGUAUUCGGAGUUCACAUUGAUCACUCAGAAGCCGUUCCCCAUCUUCGCGCUUAUUGUCGAUACGGUCCAAGUGUCCAAGAUGGCUGGAUAGCCAUUCAUUACGUGGUAGAAUUCAUGCAAUCACUGAGAGAAAACAGCAAGAAACAAAAAAUAGUUGCRUCAGCAUGGGAUGUGCAAGACGGGCAAGUGAUCUUAAUACAAUUGGCUGAUCURUUGCCACCGUGGCUCGACGCAGACCCAACAGACAAUCACCGCUAUGCUUGUUGGAUAGAUCAAAACGGCGAUUUGCAGCUUCUUCGCCAACCUCACAUAAGUCUGAACGAUGCCUUAAAGGAGCUCAGAGGGCGACUGCUAUCGACAGUGAAGUUCUCCUCAAAUCCAAAAAUGCAGCAGGCACUAACAUAUUGGCUAGACUUGAACGCUCAGGCUGCGUCGGUUCACCAAAGGGCGCCCAUGGUACUACCUAGAAAGGUAGCCCUUGCCUUUCGAGAGCGUCCAGAGCUCCUUCGUACCGCCAUCCAGGCUUUCUGCGAGAGUAUCCAACAAAAUGGACCAGUGGCACCAACUAUCAGUCGCCCCGAUUUAGCAAAAUAUGAAGAUUGGGUUUGGACUGUCCAAACAUUGCCUCGAACGAAUUAUGCGAUGGCCAGAAGUGUCUCAUCCGUACAAGAUGAAUGGACGUCGUCUCCAGAUUCUAUACCGACCUUAGUUGGAGCUGAGGUUAAACGCUAUAGACGCCAAUGCAAAGUGGAAGCAAUGGGACAUUUGAAGCAUGCAGUAGCGCUGGGGGUAAGGGCUGUCAUCGGAUUGGAAGAAUUAAUGGACGCCAACGACAAGCAGUAUGGAACUUUCUUUUCCUCCUCGCCAUUAUCCUCAUUAGAGGAGCGCAUAAUGUAUUGGAGUCGUAUUCAGCAAACAUCCUGUGGGCUUGACAAAAACGAAAAUUCUAAGACAAUUCUCGAAAGCUUUCAAAUGGGACCUAACACAGCUAAUCUUGAUUUGACAAAUAUUCUAAGGUGUCCCGUCUAUCCCGAGGAAGCCGAAAAUUGGACAUCGUAUUCGAAAGCACAAGUAUCGCUACAGAAUCAAGUGAAAAACAUCAUGCGGUCUCAAAAUCACAACAAGAAUGUAAACGAUGUCGAGGCCUUUUGGGUGCCGCGACCCGAUCAAGUGGACCCGGAGGAUUGGAUGGACUACGAACAUGCAAAAAUUGAGAUGGUCGACGAACUAAAAUCCGAGCACGAUGUUGAUAAUUUGCUUUCGCGCUUUCAAUCAUUCCUGCAGCAAAAGUCCAACGUGGACGGGAUCAAUUCGAACAAAACGAACGGAAAUGGUGGCCGAGACACCAACAAAUCCUCUUCGAAAGAUAUUUGUCCACGGGUCUUUCUUACUAUCUUGCACUCCGUGCUGAAAGGAAAGAAACUCGACUUUCGGCGAGCCGAUCCUUUCUUUUACGAGGAAGAUUACGAUCUGAUUGAGCAAGAUGGGGACAGUGAGAGCAGCAACAACAACGACCGCGCCCAUGAAGCCUUUGAAACUGCUGAUGGUUCGUUUUCAAUGAAUGAUAUAAUGGUACGUAUUUUAAGGGCUAUCGACUCGGUUUGUUAGAGUGAAAGUGUACUCAAGUCCAAACUUUCGUUGGGCAUUUCUCUGCAGCAUUGAUUCUCAUAUUCUGCUUCAAUCCUCCUCAAUCCUUAGAGUGCCAUGGAUAACGAACUCGAAGGAAGAACCGAGUCUAGAAGAAUUCCUUCAAGCGUCCUCAAUGUUUCAGAUAUUUACCCCAAAAAUAGCAAGGGAAAGGACACUGUCAAAGGGUUGGUUCAAGACGCACACAUUCUUAGCAACCUAAUGGAGUCACUGGAUGCCAGCGGAGGAGGAAGUGGCCCCGUUAGGAACAUCAUAAAAGAAAUGGAAGGUGAAGCCUAGGCGAAUGAGAGGGAAACAUCCRAGGUGGAAAAGGAUAGACGACUUUAAAAAAUAUGCCGUGUAUCUAUAACCGGACGAAAGUAGCUAGAAGUACAUUGCUCUUCGCUCUCAAGAAGCCCAGUCACCUCUCCUCGUGUGCCAGCUGAGUCAUGCUUGGUCGAGUUAAUUCUGGAACGAAACCCUUCUUGAUCCUUAUUAAUUGUACGAAGAAUUGCCUUUAUGCUAGGGGUAGUUACGAAAAACAUCAAAAUAGAAACAGCAGAUUACA